UAACUACAUCACUGUAUUUAAUCCUCUCCUUCAAAUUGGAAAAAACCCUAAGGGUUCUUGUAAGAACCAAUCGCCGCCGGUCUGGUUAGUUUGUAAACCCAAAAAUAGCCCUUAUUUCGUUGUGUCUCUUCUCUCUAUAUAUCUUCUCAUUUCGUCUUCUAUUUUGAUCUCAGCUCGCCACUUCUCACUUUUUUUCUUCUUCUUUCCUGUUGUGCUUCUGUGUUUUUGUUUAGGUUGUUUAUAUUUAACAUGACAACAUGUUGCGAAGAAUUGGUUUCAAUAAUUUAUGAUUAGGGAAAUUUCGGGGGAACAAGAAGAAACAUAGUUUUUGUGUGGUGCAACUGUUUUUCUUUUUUUUGGGUGUUGGAGUUUUGGGUUGUGUUAAGGGUGUUGGAAGAUUUUUGGGCCGUGAUCGGGUAAGAGGGAGGAAUUUGAAGUUUGUAAAUAUGGGGUUUUCUUAAAGUUAAAGUUUUUGUCUUUGGAAUUUACUUAGGGGUUCUGGGUCUGAUUUGUUUUUAUGUGGGUAGUGUUUAGUUAGAACUCCUUAAUCUUUGUUUGAUUGAUGGUAUUGUAAAAAAGUUUUUUUUAAAGAUAAUGCUGUCUGAAUUGGGAAGAAGGCCAAUGCUUGGAGGUAACGAGGGAUCGUUUGGGGACGAGUUAGAGAAGGAGAUUGGGAUGUUGCUCCGGGAGCAGCGGCGGCAAGACUCCCCCGAUGAUCGUGAACGUGAGCUGAAUAUGUGUAGAAGUGGAUCAGCUCCUCCAACUGUCGAGGGCUCUUUAAGUGCCGUGGGAGGAUUGUUUGGCGGCGGCGGAGGUGGAGGCGCUGCAGCUGCUGCUGCCUUUGCUGAGUUGUCUGGAGCUAAAAAUGGCAAUGGUUUUGUCUCUGAGGAGGAGCUCAGGUCUGAUCCAGCUUAUCUUUCCUACUAUUAUUCGAAUGUUAAUCUAAAUCCUCGGCUACCACCUCCUUUGCUUUCAAAGGAGGAUUGGAGGUUUUCCCAAAGGUUGAAAGGAGGGAACUCAACUUUGGGGGGGAUUGGAGACAGGAGAAAAGGAAGUAGAGCUGAUGAUAACAGUGGUAGAUCGAUGUUUUCGAUGCCACCUGGUUUCAACUCGACGAAACAAGAGGGGGAGUUUGAGUUGGAAAAAAUACGUGCCUCAGGAGAGUGGGGUGGCGAUGGACUGAUUGGUUUACCGGGUUUAGGACUUGGGAGCAAACAAAAGAGCCUUGCUGAAAUUAUUCAGGAUGACUUGGGGCGAGCAAGUCCUGCUAGUGGGCUUCCUUCUCGUCCAGCAAGCCGAAAUGCUUUCGAUGAAAAUGUAGACAAUGUAAGCUCUGCUGAAGCUGAUCUGGCACAUUUGCAUCAUGACUUGAGAACUUCUGAUGGUGCAAAUGGUAGUAAGGGUCAACAGUCUUCAUACAGCUAUGCUGCUGCUCUAGGUGCUUCCUUGUCCCGAAGCACUACUCCUGAUCCUCAACUUGUUGCUAGGGCUCCCAGUCCUUGUCUUACACCUAUUGGAGGAGGGAGAACUUGUGCCUCAGAGAAGAGAGGCAUUACAAGCCCAAACUCCUUUAAUGGUGUUUCAUCUAACACUAAUGAGUCUGCAGAUCUAGUAGCUGCUUUGUCUGGCAUGAACUUAUCAACAAAUGGUGUGAUAGAUGAUGAGAAUCAUUUCUCAUCACAUAUGAGACAGGAUGUUGAUAAUCAUCAAAAUUAUCUCUUUGGUCUACAAGGUGGUGAGAAUCAUAACAGUCGACAUCCCUACCUCAAGAAAUCUGAAUCUGGGCAGAUGCACAUGCCAUCUAAUCAACAAUCAGGAAAAAGUUUGUAUUCUGACUUGGGGAAGAGCAAUGGAAGUGGGUCAGACAUGAGAAAUUCAUCCUUGGAGAGGCCAGUUGAUCUGCACAAAUCUGCUUCAAGCAACUCUUACUUGAAGGGGUCUCCUACUUCCACCCUCAAUGGUGGAGGUGGCUUACAUGCCCAAUACCAGCAAUUAGAUGGUACAAAUCCGUCCUUUUCUAAUUAUGGUUUGGGUGGAUAUUCCAUGAAUCCUGCAUUAGCAUCCAUGAUGGCUAGCCAACUUGGUAGUGGUAAUGUGCCACCAUUUUAUGAUAACGCUGCUGUGGCUUCAGCUGUGCAAUCUCCUGUAAUGGACUCAAGAGUGCUUGGAGGAGGUUUGGCUUCUGGACAAAACCUAGCAGCUGCCGGAUCUGAUUCACACAAUCUUGGUAGAAUGGGGAGUCCAAUGGGAGGAGGUGCUCUUCAGUCCCCUUUUGUGGAUCCUAUGUAUCUUCAGUACAUGAGGACAUCUGAGUAUGCCGCAGCACAACUUGCUCUUAAUGAUCCUUCUGCAGACAGGAGCUACUUAGGUAAUUCCUACGUGAAUUUACUUGAACUUCAAAAAGCAUAUCUAUCUCUGUUAUCACCACAGAAAUCACAGUAUGGUGUUCCUUUGGGUGGGAAGUCUGGUGGUUCUAAUCAUCAUGGUUACUAUGGGAAUCCUGCAUUUGGUGUUGGCCUUUCUUUUUCUGGAAGUCCUGUUCCAAAUUCUCCUGUUGGUCCUGGUAGUCCUAUGAGGCAUAGUGAUAUGCGGUAUCCUUCUGGAAUGAGGAAUUUGCCUGGGGGUGUCAUGGGAGCCUGGCAUCUGGAUGGGGGUAACUUGGAUGAAGGUUUUGCUUCCUCACUGCUAGAGGAGUUUAAGAGUAAUAAAGCCAAAUCAUUUGAACUUUCAGAAAUUUCUGGACAUGUUGUUGAGUUCAGUGCGGAUCAAUAUGGGAGUCGCUUUAUUCAACAAAAACUUGAGACAGCCACAAUAGAAGAGAAGAACAUGGUUUAUCAGGAAAUCAUGCCUCAAGCUCUCGCUUUGAUGACUGAUGUAUUUGGCAAUUAUGUUAUUCAGAAGUUUUUUGAGCACGGGCUUGCACACCAGAGGAGGGAACUGGCCAACAAGCUUUUUGGCCAUGUUCUGACAUUAAGUCUUCAAAUGUAUGGAUGUCGGGUGAUCCAAAAGGCAAUAGAAGUUGUUGACCUGGACCAGAAGAUUAAAAUGGUCAAGGAGCUUGAUGGUAAUAUCAUGCGCUGUGUUCGUGAUCAGAAUGGGAACCAUGUGAUCCAAAAGUGUAUUGAAUGUGUUCCUGAAGAUGCAAUUCAAUUUAUUGUUUCAACCUUUUAUGAUCAAGUGGUUACACUAUCCACUCAUCCUUAUGGGUGUCGUGUGAUACAGAGAGUCCUGGAGCAUUGUGAGGAUCCAACAACACAGAGUAAAGUUAUGGAUGAGAUUUUAGGAGCUGUCAGCAUGUUAGCUCAAGAUCAGUAUGGAAAUUAUGUUGUUCAGCAUGUGCUGGAACAUGGAAAACCUCAUGAGCGUUCUGCUAUCAUCAAGGAAUUAGCUGGGAAAAUAGUUAUAAUGAGUCAACAGAAGUUUGCCUCCAAUGUUGUAGAGAAAUGUUUAACUUUUGGUGGCCCUGCUGAACGUGAGUUAUUAGUUAAUGAAAUGCUUGGAUCUACUGAUGAAAAUGAGCCUCUUCAGGCAAUGAUGAAGGAUCAGUUUGCCAACUAUGUCGUACAGAAGGUGUUGGAGACUUGUGAUGACCAACAACGCGAAUUGAUCCUUUCACGUAUUAAAGUUCAUUUGAAUGCAUUGAAGAAAUACACGUAUGGGAAGCAUAUUGUAGCACGUGUAGAGAAACUUGUUGCUGCUGGAGAAAGGAGAAUCGCAGCUCAGUCUCUACACCCCGCUGCACAGGUGGCUUAGGAAAGCAAGUUGUUUGUACAGCUAACUGAGGCUAGUGUGAGAUUUCCUCUCGUCGUCCUCCCGGUAGUUAGGAGCAAGAAUGGCUGUACCUAUCUUUGAAGACAGGUAAUGAGCCUAGUUGGAAAUAAAGAAAAAGGAUGUUGCUUGUACUGAAACAAAAUUGUACAUUGUGUAGUUUAAAAAGUUUAUACAUAGAAUGGAUCGAGCAAAGGUCAGAGGUACAUCAGAUGUUGAGCGCACACACCUGAUAAAGAUACCCUGCAGAGAUAAGCAACUAUACAAGUUCUUUUUUAAGGGUGUAAAAAAAUUUAAAAAGAUGAUAAGAAGAUGUUGAGGUAGUUUGUUACGUUAACGUGACUGUACAAAUGUUGCCAUAUCAAUGUGGAGAGCUGUUUAUGUUUUAGGUGAGAGAGGCCAGAGUUUCUUUUCAAUGUAUGCUUAUUGACUUUUCUUUUUAUCAAAAAGAAAAACACAAUUUUCUAUCUUCCCAAUGCUUUUUAUCAAUGUAUAUUUUUCUCUUUGCUUUUA